AUGUGGUUAAUGCUUCAUGAAGUGGCUUGGCUAAGUCUUGAUACGGAGGUCAACACCAUCGACCUCUACGGUAACUGCACUGUCCAUCAUUCCGGCACAUCAGCGGCUGCUCCUGAAGCAGCGGGAGUUCUCGCCUUAGAACUCGAAGCUAAUCCAGAACUGACAUGGCGUGACAUGCAGCACUUGGUAGUGCUCACUUCCAAACGCAAUCAUCUCUACGAUCGAGAGGGCACUCACAACUGGACCAUAAAUGGAGCUAACUUGGGGUUCAACCACCUCUUCGGAUACGGCGUUCUAGAUGCCGGUGAUAUGGUGAGGAUUGCAAAGCUCUGGAAGACGGUGCCUGAGCGCUUUCAUUGCAUCGCAGGUUUCUUCAGUGAUCGCAAGGUAGUCACGGUGGGAAAGCCAAUUCAGCAGGAGCUAUUCACUGAAUCUUGUCGUGACAACCCUGAAAGCCAGGUGCGAGUCCCUCGUCGGCAAAUUCGGUUACUUUUUACUUGGCCCAAUUCAACACUGUAUCUUUCUGAUUUACUUGAAAGAAACAGUAAACCAAACAAACCGAAUGGCAACCUUGCAUAA